AUGGAUCAGCUGGGUAUCGGGUAUGGCACUCUCUCAAAGCUGAAUCCAGCCAUUAUCCAUGCUAGCAUUUCAGGCUAUGGAGCUUCAGGGCCAUAUUCCAAACGUGCUGGAUACGACAUCAUUGCAGCAGCCGAAGGAGGCCUGCUCCACGUAACGGGAGAGGCCAACGGACCACCCACAAAGCCCGGAGUCGGACUCACAGAUAUCUGCACCGGCCUCUUCAUGCACGGCGCCAUCGUAUCCGCACUACAUGCGCGAAAUAAGACUGGGAAAGGCCAGAAGAUCGAUGGCUCCCUUUUUGAAACGCAGCUAGCACUGAUGAUCAAUGUGGCUUCAAUCUGGCUAAACAUGGGCCGCGAGGCGAAGAGAUGGGGCACUGCCCAUCCCAGCAUUGUUCCAUAUGAAGCCUUCCCAUCGAAAGACUCGUACCUCGUCAUGGGAGCCACGAACAAUAGACAGUUUGCCAUAUUGGCCGAGCGUCUCGGCCGGCCCGAUCUCGCGGAAGAUGCCCGGUUCCGUACGAAUGAUGCUCGAGUUGAGAACCGAGCAGAGCUGAAUCAGAUAUUACAUGAGCUCUUUCGAGCCAAAAACACAGAUGAAUGGUUGAGGGUUUUUGAAAACAGCGGGAUGCCGUAUGGCCCAAUCAACACGAUCGAGAGAGCGUUCGGCCAUGCCCAGGCACAAGCAAGGCAAAUGGUCAAUACGCUGCAGAUGGAUUCCGCAGCGGACGGGCAGUUCAAGGUCACCGGUUUCCCGGUGAAGUUUAGUGAAUCGAAGCCGUCGGUGAGGAUCAAUCCACCACUUCUUGGACAGCACACGGACGAAGUUUUCGCAGAGCUGGGGAUAGCUGGGAAAGAGAUAGACGAGCUCCGGCAGCAGGGCAUAGUGUAA